GUAGUUGGCAGUUAAAGACUGUCCUUUUUAUACAGAUUUUUCUUUUGUAUAUAUCCUCUCCAUGGUAACACCUUGGAUUCUGUUUGGGUGUCUCUCACGUUAAGACUAUACCUUUGAUGGACCGGUUGAAGAUUACCUUUGGUUUUAGUUCAACAGCUUUCAAGUUCGAAUUCAUUUUAGCUUUUUAAGUCUGAAAGGUCCAUUUCGCACUCGAUUUCUGUUCACCCGUCUGCGUUUCGGAAGUGCCUUAUUGUUUUGGGUGUUCGCUACAUUUUUUCACCGUCAAUUCGAAAAAGAGCCUUUGACCUACUCGUAGUUAUAGAUUGUGUUUCAGUUUUCAGUCGAAAUGCAGCGUGGCGACUGCCCUCUUAUUUAAAAUGUAGAGUCGAGAUGAAGGACGGACGCGUUUGUGUUUGCAGGCGAGUAUUCGAAGCUCUGGCCGGAGGGAUCCUCUUGCCGGGAGGUCCUGGCCUCAUGGAUCCAUGCGAGAAGGAUGCGAUGGACGCGGCCGCGCCGUUGAGCAACCAGGAGCGCGAGGACAUCACGGCCAGCGCUCAGCACGCGCUGAGGCUCAUCGCCUUCCAUCAGAUCUACAAGGUGUUGGGAAUCGAAAAGCUGCCGCCGCCGAAGUCGGUUCGCAGGGCGUCGUUCGGUCCGGCUCGGAAGCGUCGUCGCGAUAACAACACUCCCGAGUCGAACGAGAACGAAGAGGCCGACGGGAAGAAGGACAAGAAGGAAGAAGAGUCCAUGGAGACGGAAGUGAAGGAGGCGGUGAAGUGCGAGAGCCCGCCGAAGUGAAGGUGUGGCAAUCGUAUCCUACCCGGAAGAGUCAACGUGAAUCCUUGGUGUCGUCCAAGUGGCAUUCUUUACGUUCUUUUUUAAAAUUAUGUAUACCUCUCUCGUCUGUUACCCACGUGCACUGUGGGAAUGGGAAAUCGAGACGAAGCGCAGUGUGACGUGUUCUACGCUGUAUAGUGUGAGAGCGGAAGUUUACGUAAUUUUUUUUCAUGGUAGUCUCAUCACAGUGAGGAUCAAGGAAGUGAAAUACCCCUUUGGUUGCUGUUUCCCCUCUUUCUCUCUCGACAUCACAUCGGUAUUGGAAAUCAAUAAACAGUUUCCUUGGGUC